UCUGACACUACACAUGUUCAGCUUCACACUGAACCAUUUUGUAACAGCUAACUCUUCCUGUUUUGUCACGCAGGCCCGAGUUCAGUCACAGACGCCUCCUGGGUAGAAGUUGAUCGGGGGUUAGAGUCUCAGGAAGUCCAGAGGUCAACGACCAGAUCAGGAGUAAACCCAGUGCAGGAGAUGGCCUGUCCUCCCCCAGCAGCCAAGAAUUUCUAUGCUACAGACAAAGUUGCUCUCCUGAUUGGCAACAUGCACUACCACUACCACCAGCAGCUGAGUGCUCCCAUUUCUGACGUCCACGAGCUGACCAACCUGCUCAGGCAGAUGGACUUUAAGGUGGUCUCCCUGCUUGACCUCAACUGUCAGGAGAUGAACAGCGCCGUUACUGAGUUCCUGCUGCUGCUCGACAGGGGCGUUUACGGUCAGUCCACUUACUUCUCUUCAUGCAGCAAUGGAUGCUCCGAAA